AUAACGUUUGAUUGGGUUUGGUUGCUUGUGGUUGGUGUUUUAUUUCGGUUUUCGCUGAAUUUUGCUGUGUUUGGACUACAAAUAUAAAUUUCUGCGUUCUCAAAAACAUUAAUUGCAUCUUUUGAUGCGCAGUAAAUUAUAGUUUUGGGGUGCUUCUAGGAAAACGAAUACUACGAUAACGUUUUAAAGUAAAUGAAUUGAUGACCAUGUCGAUGUCAACAGAGGAAAUCGAAAACCGCUAUCCAAUCCACUGGUUAGUGUGGAAUAACCGGCAUGAGGAAUUAAAGAAGGCUCUGGACUCUAAGAAGUUCAUGACAGAAGAGUUAGAAUCGAAGGAUCCCCGGGGCCGCACUCCUCUGCUGUUGGCGGUCACCCUGGCCCAUGUGGAGUGUGUGAAGGCGCUGGUGGAGGCCGGCGCUGAUGUCAACUGCGAGAAGGACGGCUGGACAGCGGUGCAAGAAGCGACGGCGACCGGUGACGCGGAGUUACUCUCACUAGUGCUGGGGCGCCGCGACUUCCAGCGACAUGUGCUGCGCUCGGGCGGCGUGCCCGAGCUGCUGCAGCGCCUGAGUCUGGCGCCCGACUUCUAUGUGGAGAUGAAGUGGGAGUUCACUAGCUGGGUGAUGGGACACGUCCUGCGGUCGGGCGGCGUGCCCGAGCUGCUGCAGCGCCUGAGUCUAGCGCCCGACUUCUAUGUGGAGAUGAAGUGGGAGUUCACUAGUUGGGUGCCGCUCGUCUCCCGCAUGUGUCCGUUCGACACGUACAAGGUGUACAAGCGCGGCGCCAACGUGCGCGUCGACACCACGCUCGUCGGCUUCGAGAACAAUCGCUGGCAGCGAGGAGAUAGGACUUAUAUCUUUACUGGACAAGGCAACGCAGCCAGUCUGAUCGAGCUGGACCACGAGCGCAACACAGUGUGGUGUUCCCACCUCGACGCGGCGGCCGAGGCGGCCUGGCCCGCGCCCUCCGCGCACAGCGUGCAACAGCGACUGGCGCAGCCCAUCGCCAUUAAUUAUCUGGACACGGACAAGAUCAGCUUCGAGAGAAACAAAUGCGGCAUCUGGGGCUGGCGGCAAGACAAGACCGAGCUAGUAAACGGGUUCAGCUGCGUGGUGUGGGGCGCGCACAACGUGGAGCUGGUGUCGGCGACCAGACGGGAGCACCUGGCGUCCCCCGCGUCCCCCGCGCCCCCCGCGGCCCCCGCCCCCGGCCCCCGCGCGCCCCUGCAGCCGCUGCUCGCGCUUACUAACUCCGAGCCAGAAGAAGUGGAGUGUCCUGCCCCUGCGCCCGCGCCGUCGCGGCCGUUGACAGCCGAAGAAUACUUCUCGGAACAGCCGCCAGAGGGCGACAUCGGGCGGCCGAGGCAUUUAGCCACCAAAGUACAGAAGUUCAAGGCUACGCUGUGGCUUUGUGAGGAUUAUCCGUUGCAGCUUCAAGAGCAAAUAAUGCCCAUCCUCGAUCUAAUGGCUUCCAUGUCGUCUCCGCACUUCGCCAAGUUAAAAGACUUUAUACAAAUGCAGCUGCCAGCUGGCUUUCCAGUUAAAAUAGAAAUCCCACUAUUCCACGUUCUGAACGCACGCAUCACGUUCGGAAACAUCUUCGGAACGGAAACUCCGGUGCCGCACGUACAAAGCAUUGAAGAGGGAGACAGGAUAUCGGCCGUCAUAGACGACGCUUGCUUCGCGAUACCACCCGGUUACAAAGACGCGACGGCCCUGGAUGAUAGACACUGCGGGUUGGACGAUGAAGAGGGUCUACUGCAGUACGCGAUACAACAGAGCUUGAUGGAGAGCGGCACACAGGAUGACCAGGUGGACGUAUGGGAGGCGCUACGCGGCGCGCGGCCCGUCACCCCCUCGCCCCGCUCCGCCUCGCCCAACCUCCUCAACUCGGAGGAGAGACAGCUGCAGAGAGCAAUCGAGGCGUCUCUCGCUUCGCUAUCAGUCGGGCCGCAGCAAGCCGCGCCCGCACCGCCACCAAUCGAAGACGACUUGCAAGCGGCGCUGGCACUAUCCGCCCAAGAACAUUCUAGACUCGAGAGCGAACUCAUGGAGGAACAGAGAGCCUUGGACGAGGCCAUCCGGUUGUCUCUGCUCGAUAAGUAGCUGAUCGCCUCUGCACUUACCCAGCGUCCAAUUGAAGACUUUAAUGCCUAAACGUAUGUUUUAUAAAUAGUAGGUAAAAUUCUACACAUUAAUGAUGUAGGCAAUAUAUUUAUUUAAUCUGCACUCCAGUGUAUGCCCGAGAGAUUUUAUUCGUUUGUUUUACAAGAAGGAAUCUUAUGUUGAAGGAGACAAGAUAGAUUGAUGUAAUUAUUUACCAUGUAAAAUCCCGGUAUAAUACUAUUAAAUGUUUUUUUAAAGUUGCAUAAAACCAGGAUUUCAAAACAUAAUGUAAAGCUCCGUACAUUUACUUUUUUUUAUAUACUGUAUUUGUAUUCCUUAUUUAUUUACAGGUUAGAAUAUAUUUAUUAUAGUAAUUAAAGCUAGAUAAGAUAUCUAGACUAAUUCGAAGUUGAUAUAAAUAUCUGUCGAUGGAAGGCAGUUAUGGUGGUAAUUUUUUUAUAAUAUUGAUACUUACUGGAAAAGCAAUAAAAUAAAUUAAUUUAACCUAAGAUCUUAUAUCCUGUGCAAUAACCUACAUUUUAAGUAUUCUGACUAUUCAUUACUUGACAUAAUAUUUGAUUAAUUCACUGUAGAGAUAUUAAAGUAUGAUCUAAAAAAAUUAUAACCAACUAUUUUUUCCAACCAAUCUGGUUCAGAAAUGUAAACAAAAGAUUUAUAAAAAAGUAUUACAUCUAAAUGGUCUCGCUGUAAUUAAGUACUUUGUAAAUGCAAAAUUGUUUAUUUAAUUGAUCUAAGGGACUUAAAUUAUGAUCUCUUACCUGUAUUCCUAAUACAUAGUAGUUUUGUUUAUAUUUUAUAUGGGACUAAAUAUUUAUAGUCCUUCUUACUAAAUUAGGCAGUACCACUAUCAUUUUACAAUUAGUGUUUUCUGAAUCUAUCCUAGUUAUACUAGUUUGUAUGUAUGUAAUGCAUGCAUUUUUAUUUGUUUAAAGCACUGUUGUCAAAUGAUAGGGACUACGAAUAUUUAGCAUACUUACCAAAAUCACAAUAUAACAUAGUAAUUCUUCACACUAAUUGCAGUCAGCGUAUAGAAAUAGCUUAGCGCUGGUUUUUAAUCUGUGAUUUAUUGAUACUUUUGAUGCAAAAGUCAACUUUAUGCUUUAGGUAAUAAGGUUACCAUGAACCGUGAUACGUACGAUACGUAGUCUAAGAAACAUAACGACGCUAGACAAACAAAAAUACCUAAGCGACAUAUUUUUUUUCAUAAAGAUUUAUAUAGCUUGCCCAACGCGGAAAUAUUUCCAGCAAUGCAGGUAAUUUAUUGUCUAAAAAAUUAUGUUUAGUUAUUUUAGUCUUUCUAGCGUCGAUAGUUUCAUAAAAUGAUUAAUGGUACCCGUGAUUCACCGGAAAACUUUUAAUAGCCUUCCGUUUUUAGCCGUCGGGCAAGUGUAACAAUUUAUUUUAAAAUAUGGACGAUAUUCAAAUGUCUCCUAUACUUAUCGAUUAGGUACUUUCAUAAAGUUGAUGUUUGCAUCUCAGGUCUAAGAAUGAAGGUUACCCGCUAGGUAUCCUUAGGGUACGUUCCGAUUAGGGCCACAUACAACUGUUAUAUGCAGGGGCACAUUUAAUCAGUGAAAGACAAGGCUUUUAAAAUAUAAUCCGAUAAACGGCAUUUUUUUCCAAAACUAAAUGUGAAAUUGGGAAUUGGAUCGAUCACUGAUUAAGUUCUACCCUGAGACGUUGUUUAAUUUAAUUGGAGAACAUUGCUUAAUUUGAAUGUGUUGUAAUGUGAAUUUAAUCGGAACAUACCCUUACGCCUGCCUUGAGCUCGACCAAAAAACAGUAGAUGGAUUAAUUUACCAAGCAAUAAUGUAUUACAUUAUGAAAUAUCAAAAAAAUAUGUACAAUCCCAACUAAAUCGAGGUUUCAUAACUUAUCCAAUUAGGUAAUUGAGUAGCAUUUCUAUUCAGCAAUUGAUUAUAGUCACAUGUCGCCUUAAAUUAUGUUUUUGGUCGAGCUUUUCUUCUAACUCUAAAGUAGGUUUAUUUUAUGUUACAAAAUAAGGGACAUUGUACAAGCAUGCAUUGAUGAAAUAAGCGUGUAUUUAAUGAUUAUAUUUCUGUAUAUUGAUAAAAAUAUUACCAAAAGUUUU